UACGCGCACGUGUCCCAGCGCGGCUACUACCCCGAGGAUCUGUACAAGUGCAACCAAGACGCCAUCAAGGUUCUUCCCUCCUUUGGCGGCGACGACGCCCGCUUCUUUGCCGGCGUGUUUGACGGGCAUGGCGCAGAGGGCGACGCGUGCUCUCACUUCGUCCGCGACAACGUCGAGGAGCGCUUGAAGGCGGCGAUGCAGGAGGAGCCAGCUGACUUUGAGCGCGCCUACACCGAGGCCUUUGCCGAGAUAAACGAGCGGAUGCAUGAGCAGGACUUUGACGACUCGAUGUCGGGAACCACUGCCAUCACUGCCACCUUCCACGACAGCGAGGUCUCGAUUGCAAACAUUGGCGACUCGCGCGCGAUCAUCGGGCAGCGGCAGGGGAAGCGGCUGAUGGCAUUCUCCCUCUCCGUGGACCAGACUCCUUACCGGCGGGACGAGCGCGAGCGGGUCAAGGCCUCGGGCGCCGUGGUGAUGUCGUGCGACCAGGAGAUCGACAACGGCGGAGACCCGCCGCGGGUGUGGGCCGAGGGCAAGUCCUUCCCGGGCUGCGCCUUCACGCGAUCGAUCGGCGACUCGUUCGCCGAAGCGAUCGGCGUGAAUGCCGAGCCCGAGGUGCUCUGCAAGCAGCUGACCCCCGCCGACAAGUUUCUUGUCCUCGCGUCCGACGGCGUGUGGGAGUUUCUCACCAAUCAGACUGUGGCCGACAUGAUCUGCAACUUUGACGACCCACUCGAGGCGUGCCGCGCGGUAGUGGCGGAGGCGUACCGACUGUGGCUGCAGUUUGAGAUUCGCACCGAUGACAUCACCGUCUUCAUCGCCUUCAUC